AUGGCACGAGCUAAACGUUCGACCACAACAAAAAAUAAUCAGAAAGACAACCCUUCCGCUUCUACUACUACUACUGCUGCUUCGGGUUCGGAACAAAACAACUCUCCAACUUCGAAACCUUCCUCCGGGACCCCUUCCAACCAACUUCCACCUUCCAGCCUUCCCUUUUCCAGUUCUCCUUUCACCAACAAUUCAAAGUCCGUACCUCCUUCCUCCUUGGACUUUUCUCCCUGCUCCAACAAAUCUCCUGCAUCUCCCACUGCCAACAACCCAGCUGCAACCGAUAGUGGUGCCCCCCUCCCUAUUAGCACUCCAAAAGUGCAUUCAGAACAAUCUCAUUCCCAGCCUCACGAUUUUGUUUCUGAACAAGAUUCUUCCCUUCAUUCAUGUAAAACAGCUUCCAAUUCGUCCUCCUCAGAAAAUGUGUCUACUUCCGCUUCUUCUUCUAAGACACCUUCGGCUACCAACACUUCCUUCCCAGCACUUAAUGAAAAGGCCCCAGUAGCUUGCUCUAACAACCAUUUACCUCUGGGCUCUACUGUUGGGGCAAACCAGUCCAGUCUUACAACUAACUCGUAUGAUUUCCAGAACUCUGUUGGUCAAGGCAAUCCCAUGUCCUACCGGAUUCCCAAAAAAAACCAAAACAGCAACAACACGCAACCCGAGCCGGUCAAACACAAUUUAGUAUCUGGCCCUGAGACUGUGACUGAAGUUCCAGAUGCUCGUAAGCGGGUUCUUCCGGAUGACUGUUUUCAAAUUGAUUCCACCACCGUGACUCAUGAAGGCAUUUCCCGUACCACAGUGAAUACUCAGAAGUCUGAAAUAGUUACACCGAUCCCACAUCCACUGCCUAAAAAGGUCAAACCAACGGUCAAUGCUUAUGAUCCUUACAACAAAAGGUUUCAACAACUUGCUAGUGCUCCUGGUCAAAAUUGUCUUGUCACAACAGCUCCCAGCAAGCCAACAUCAGUUGUCCUCCAGAACAGAGGACUGUUUCGACUUCCUCCAAACGACACGACAAUUCAGGUGUAUGGCAACUUUGAAUUGCAGGGUGGAGAUAUCGAAUACAUCACCCUCCGUCAUUUCGAUAGUGCCCCGUCUUCCAUUACUGUGGGAACUAAGUCCUUCGAGUUGCUCCCUGGACCACCAUCAUUCUACCUCUGCCUGAAGGAUGUUCUCAAUUGGAUUGAUGGCUAUACGCAUCGCUACAAAAUGGAAUCCAGCUACAAGAACGAUUUGUGCCGACUUGUCCUUGCAUCAUUCCAGAAAGACUGCAAUACCUUUGACUCUAAUAACCUGGAGAAAUAUCUUGCAAGUGAAAUGGAUAGAAAUAUGACAAACGUAUCCGACAAUGUCCCUGAAUUGGAGUCAGGCCACCGUAUGCAUCACAACACCAAAAAUACCCCAACAACACCUCACAAACACAACAACAAAAACCUACUGGAUAAUACAUUUGACACCCAGCCACCAAGUGAUAUGUACUACAAACAAGUUUACUCGCCACAAGAAGUUGAGCAGAUGUUAUUAGCUCGUCAUCCAAAUAGUACCUCCCAACAAGUGCAGUUGCGAAUGCCUCCUCUACCAGAUUGGAACAUUGGCAUAGGACCAAUGCAAAACACUGAUGCAUGCGGACCAAAGUUGCAGCAGCGCUGCCUUGACUCUAAUGGGCAUUCAAGUGUCGAGAUGAACGGUGCACAUCUGGUUGCCGGCGACUCUUCCGAACCCAAUCUUAAUCUACUCAGCACCAGCAGUCCCAGAAAGCUUCCAUUCCUUCCUGAGGACAUGCUGAAACAAGGUACUUCAAACAACCCCUUCCUUGUCGAAGGUGAUUCUGUGCUUCAACCAAUGCUUCAUGCCGAACAUUCAAAUCACAAUAUUUUCCACAAGUUAGAUGACAAUCAAAAAUAUGAUCCGUUCUUCAGGCACUUUCGACAGUGCUUCUAUCCUCCGGCCAACAGUCCUACAGAGAUCGAUCUCUACGAAACCACACGUUUGGCAGUUAUCAAUCGGUUCCGACCACACUACCGGACUUUUAUCGAUAUGCUGAUUCAGAACUUCAAUGGGACAAGGAAUAUCAAUGACCUUAGGGACCAGUUCAAUGCUCAUCUUCGACUUCAUCAACAAUCUGCAAAAGAUCAGCCUCCUCAAAAUGGUCUUAAUCCCGCCAGUGCUUCUGCUAACCAGCGUCCCAAUUCGUCUGAGCAUCGAUCCUUUCAAGUGUCUACAAAUGUGGCUCAUGAAGACAACAGCUUUCUGUUCAACAAGACGGUGGCUAAGACAACAUCGAUUACUCACACGGGAGGAAAAGGCUUACAGGUUUCCAGUGCCAAAGCACGGAAUCAUGACAUGAUCAUGCAGCUGGACAAAAAUGGAAAAGCGCCGUUCUUUACACCUGCAGAGCAGUACCUCAAGCAACACGGUGAGUAUUGUCAACGGGUACUUAAAAUUGAUAGCAUCUACAGUCUUCGUGAUCCCGACAAUCCAUUCGAACACUACGGAGAAGUGAGUCAAACUGGUUAUACUCGUCGGAUUCCUGUCUUUGUACACGCCAUCCCCGGUAAGGAUGCUUUCCGUUUGAACAACCACGACAAUAGGCAAAAAUGGUGCAACAACUUUUGCAAGUUUUGGAACGCCCAUGAAACUCAAGGUCUUUUCAAGUACGCGGAGACAUGCCGUUAUUCCGGUGAUCUUACCCCACAAGAUGAGACUCAAGCAGCUCCACUGUCCAAUUGGCUUACAGUGCGCGAUACAAUGGAUUACAUUUUGUCUGUGCAUUCAAACCAGUUCAAAACUAUCUCGGAUGUCCUUCGCAGUCCUGCCUGCCUCCGGGUUUAUUUCUCGGACGAUCUACUUCCUAGGAUUCGCGAGCACUUUGCCUCUUAUGUGGGAAACCAACAACAGAGAAAUGGUGUAUCCACUGCCAGUGCUGCCGGUCCUAGCUUGGAUCAGCUCAACUUUUAG